AAUUAAGUUCUCAGCCCUGUAAAAGUAUUUUCUGGGACAACAUGCUUCCUUCCAGUAAAUAGGAAGGCUGAAUGCAGCUCUGUUCUGGUUUUAUCAGGCGUAGCGGCUGGCCACGAGGACAAUGCAGCGCAUGCUGACUGCUGACCGUACCCGUGUUUAAGAGUGAUCCUACAGUUGAAAAUGGGGAAUUCAGAAAGUCAAUACAGUCUUCAGGGAUCAAAAAAUCAUGCUGCUUCUACAGCUGCUGCCAAGCAGAAGCCUUGCUCUCUGAAAAUUCGCAGCAUUCAUGCUAAAGAUGAAAAGUCUUGCUCUGUGCAUGGAUGGGGGCACACCAGUAGUGGCUCAAACUACAAAUCGAGAUCCCUUGCCAGAAGCUGCCUUUCUCACUUCAAGAGUAGUCAGCCUUAUUCAUCUAGACUCAGCGACACAGUCUCUAAAAGCAGUGCCCAUGCCAAGCACAGGACAAACACCUCAGGGGACUACUGCCAAGAAAAUAAUGCGGUCUUUUUGCCUGAGAACGGCUUCCACUAUAUUGGCCUUCAAGCUGGAAGUAAUCAUGCUGCCUCUCGAGAGUGCAACGGGCACAUUUUAAAUUGCUAUGGAAAGAAUGAGAGUCUUGCACCAACCUCCCCAUCAGAGGACAGGAGGAGUCCUAAAGUUCUCAUUAAAACACUGGGGAAGCUGGAUGGUUGUUUGAGGGUUGAGUUCCACAACAGCAGCAACAGCAAGGUACUGACCGAGGAGUCCAGUGGACCGGUCCAGUUGCUGAGGUAUUCUCCUGCCUUGGAAUCUAAGCCAAAUAACCUGCUCGAUGUCAGGAGGAACUCCAGCGCAGACUGUUCUUCAAGCCAUCGUCUGUCACCUACUGAUUCAAAGCUUCGAUCUAGUAAAGGAAGCUCUCUCAGCUCUGAGUCUUCGUGGUAUGACUCUCUGUGGGGAAAUGCUGGGGAUAUCAAUGAGUUGGAUGGUCCAUAUUUGACCAGGAGCACUCCAGAUACAAGCAUUCAUGCCAGUUUCCCAGCAAGUGACAAUAAGAAGUCCUUCAACCAAAGUUCAUCUCUUUCCUCACUCAGAGAUCUCUAUAAGGAUACAAAUUUGGAAAUCACUCCUUCACCUGGGAUCAGGCUGUCUGAUGAGUAUCUUGAUACUCAUGGUAGCCUAAGCAACCGUGUCUCAUUUGCCUCAGACAUUGAUGUUCCUUCUAGGGUAGAGCAGGGAAGUCCUGCACAUUACUCCUCCUACACACUUCCGUGUAGAAAGUCCAAGCCCCUCAGUGAGGAUUCAUCCAAGAAGGAUACAUUAAAAAACCGAAUGCGACGCAUCAGUGACUGGACAGGAAGCCUCUCAAGGAAGAAAAGGAAGCUGCAGGAGCCAAAGUGUAAAGAUGGGAGUGAAUACUUGGAUGGCAGAGUGGACAAUUUCACCACGGACACGCUGGCACCAUCACAGCUCUCCACUUUGUGGUCCCCUGGCUCCAGCCACGUCCUGUCUCAGAGAAGCGAGUCCACCAAUGCAGUCAACAGCGAUGCCCUCAGGCAAAACAUAUAUGAGAAUUUCAUGAGGGAGCUGGAGAUGAGCAGGACGAACCUGGAGAACACUGACACCUCCUCAGAGACGGAGGACUCCAGCGGCGAGUCCCUGAGCUCCUUGGAACAGCUGGAUUUGUUGUAUGAGAAGGAGCAAGGAGUGGUACGCAAGGCAGGGUGGCUGUUCUUCAAACCCCUGGUGACCCUGCAGAAGGAGAAGAAGCUGGAACUGGUUACACGGCGGAAGUGGAAGCAGUACUGGGUCACACUAAAAGGUUGCACUCUGCUGUUUUACGAGACCUAUGGAAAGACCUCGAUGGAGCAGAGCACUUUGCCUCGAUAUGCUUUGUUUGCAGAAGACAGCAUAGUUCAGUCUGUUCCAGAGCAUCCCAAGAAAGAAAAUGUGUUCUGUCUCAGCAAUUCUUUUGGAGAUGUAUACCUAUUUCAGGCAACAAGCCAGACAGAUCUGGAGAACUGGGUUACUGCCAUACAUUCAGCCUGUGCUUCCCUCUUUGCGAAGAAGCUUGGGAAGGAGGACACUGUUAGGCUGUUGAAAAAUCAAACCAAGAGUCUCUUCCAGAAGAUUGAUAUGGAUGGCAAGAUGAAAAAGAUGGCAGAGUUGCAGCUCUCUAUUGUUAGUGAUCCCAAAAACAGGAAAGCCAUAGAGAAUCAGAUCCAGCAGUGGGAACAGAACCUGGAAAAAUUCAACAUGGACCUUUUCCGAAUGCGGUGUUACUUAGCCAGUUUGCAAGGUGGGGAGCUCCCAAACCCAAAGAGCCUUUUGGCUGCUGCCAGUCGUCCUUCAAAACUGUCACUGGGGAGGCUUGGCAUUUUCUCAGUCUCAUCCUUCCAUGCGCUGAUCUGCUCCAGGGAUGAAGCUGCUCUCAGGAAGCGUACCCUGUCUCUGUCACAGAGGGUCCGAAACAAGAAGGGUUUGUUUUCUUCGCUAAAGGGACUGGACACGUUGGCAAGGAGAGGAAAGGAAAAGCGACCUUCCAUAACUCAGGGAACUGAAGGAGAUACUUUCUCUGGACCAUCCUUUUCACAUAAUUUCCUCUGUGUUCCGCAGCAGAUUUUUGACUCAGCUGGAGGACAUGGAUUUGCUGGUGUUCAGAAUUCAUCCAACUCUGCUGAGCAGCAAGUCGAUGACUUUUUAAAUGUUUACUGCUCAGUGCCAGAGAGCAUCCAGAAGGAGAGUGCUUGGGAAACACAGACCUAUGUUCACUUCUGCGAUGGCCAAGGAGUGGCGCUGACGCUCAAGCCUGAGCACAGGGUGGAAGAUGUUUUGUCUUUGGCAUGCAAGAUGAAACAGCUGGAGCCAAGACACUAUGGCUUACAACUCCGAAGAUUGGUGGAUGAAAAUACCGAGUAUUGUGCUCCUGAACCAUACGAAUACAUAGUAGACCAGGUGUAUGAUGAAAUAGAAAUCUGUCCUUUGAACGUCUAUCACAUUCAUCUUACAAAGACUGAAAGCAUAAAUGAUUUUGGCUUUGCUGUCACAGCACAAGUAGAUGAAAAUCAGCACCUCACCCAUAUAUUUGUAAGUGAUGUUCUCCCUGAUGGACUGGCAUAUAAGGAAGGGCUCCGAUUAGGCAAUGAAAUCCUGAGCAUAAAUGGAGAGUCUGUGUCUGAUCUUGAACUCAGGCAGAUGGAGUUGCUGUUUUCAGAGAGAAGUGUAAUCCUCACUCUGAGAAUGAAUCAAUUUGGGACCCAGCAACCCUUAUGUGGAUCCUGGUCAGAUGGAGAUGUUUCCAGGGACCCAAAGAGUUUGUUACCCCCUCCAAACCAAUCACAGCUCCUGGAGGAGUUUCUAAAUAACUUCAAAAAGAGCACAGCAAAUGAUUUUAGUAAUGUGCCUGAUGUCACAUCCAGCUUGAAAAGGAGCAGUACUGAUGGCACUUUGGACCAAGUGCCACACAGAGAGAAGACUGAUCCAUCUUUCAGGAGUGCCGAACAAAUCAGCGUGUUGUGCCGGAACUUCCAAGAAGGCCAAGCAAACAGUAUGGAAAGUCAGAAGGACAACCAGGAUCCACCUCCACGGCCUCUGGCUCGCCACCUCUCUGAUGCAGACAGGCUGAGAAAAGUCAUCCAAGAACUGAUGGACACUGAGAAGUCUUAUGUCAAGGACUUGAGCUGCCUCUUUGAGCUGUAUUUGGAACCCCUUCAAAGUGAAACCUUCCUUACCCAGGAUGAGAUGGAGUCCUUGUUCGGCAGUCUGCCAGAAAUGCUGGAUUUCCAAAAGGUGUUUUUGGAGACCCUUGAAGAUGGAAUAUCUUCUUCCUCAGAUUUUAAUACACUGGAAACGCCAUCCCAGUUCCGGAAACUGCUCUUUUCCCUUGGAGGAUCCUUUCUGUAUUAUGCUGAUCACUUUAAACUCUACAGUGGCUUCUGUGCAAACCACAUCAAAGUUCAGAAAGUCCUUGAGAGAGCCAAAACAGAUGGUGCCUUUAAGGCCUUUCUGGAUGCUCGGAAUCCCACAAAACAACACUCUUCCACCCUGGAGUCAUACCUCAUAAAGCCUGUUCAGAGAGUGCUGAAGUAUCCUCUGCUUUUAAAAGAGCUGGUGUCCCUGACAGACAAUGAGAGUGAGGAGCACUAUCAUUUGACAGAAGCACUGAAGGCAAUGGAAAAAGUUGCAAGUCACAUCAAUGAGAUGCAGAAGAUAUAUGAAGAUUAUGGCACUGUAUUUGACCAACUGGUUGCAGAUCAAAGUGGAACAGAGAAGGAGGUGACAGAGCUUUCCAUGGGAGAACUUCUGAUGCACUCUACAGUUUCCUGGCUGAAUCCUUUCCCAUCCCUGAGCAAAGCAAGAAAAGAUCUUGAACUUACAGUGUUUGUUUUUAAGAGGGCUGUAAUACUGGUCUAUAAGGAGAACUCCAAACUGAAAAAGAAAAUGACUACUAAUGCUCGUGCUGCACAUAAUUACGGUGACUUGGACCCCUUUAAAUUUCGCUGGCUGAUUCCUUUAUCUGCUCUUCAGGUUCGACUAGGGAACACAGCAGGAACAGAGAACAGCUGUAUCUGGGAACUGAUUCACACAAAAUCAGAACUAGAAGGCAGGCCAGAAACAAUUUUUCAGUUGUGCAGCAGUGACAGUGAGAACAAGACGAACAUGGUGAAAGUGAUCCGCUCCAUUUUGCGGGAGAAUUUCAGACGUCACUUAAAAUGUGAGCUACCCCUGGAGAAAGCAGCCAAAGAUCGCCUUGUCCCGCUCAAAAACCGUGUGCCUGCAACAGCCAAACUGGCAUCCACAAGGUCCUUGAAGGUACUGAAGAAUUCAUCCAGUAGUGAGUGGAACGGUGACCCAGGGAAAGGCACCUUCCCAGACUCGGAUGAGUGCAGCCUGAGCAGCAGUACUCAGAGCAGCAGCUGCAACACUGCUGAGAGCAUACAGGAGCCCAAAAGCUUGUCUCCUGAUAAACAUGUGCAAAGCUCUGCAUCUGACUUCUCGAACGCUCUUGUCAAAGAAUCUGACAUUCUCAGUGACGACGACGAUGAUGACUAUCGGAGCCCAAAGAAGGGCAGCCCUACGAAAGACAUUGAAAUACAGUUCCAGCGGCUGAAGAUUUCAGAGGAGCCGAGUACAGAUUCUGAGCGGGAUCAGGCUGCUGAAAAUGAGAAAGGAGAUGCCUUUGAAACAGGAGAGCAUCCCAAGCUGGUGCGUGGCCAUUUCUGCCCAGUGAAGAGAAAAGUAAACAGCACAAAGCGUAACAGAGGAACUUUAACGGCGAUGCAAGAACGCCACCAGUCCCUUGACAGUCACUCUGAUGCUGCAAACCUAGAUCUGAACUCUAUUUUAGAGAGAGAAUUUAGCGUCCAGAGUUUAACAUCUGUAGUUAACGAGGAUUGUUUUUAUGAAGCUGUGGAGAGGCAUGGGAAAUCGUAGCUUCCUAAGCACUCUAUUUAAAAUACUCAUUUGAAGUCCACAUAACAUUCAACAAACCUAUUUUGCUUUAAAACUAGUAGAUUCGUGGAAGCUGCAGGAAAACUACUAUCUGAUUUUGUGCACUAAUACAUUUUUUUCCACAAAACCAGCUGUAAAGGAUCCUUAAGUUAUUUUAAUUUAUUGUGGAUUAAAAACAGAUUAAGUUGGCCAAGGUUUGUAAAAUAGUUCAUCCCUUUCAAGCAGUUAUUAAGAUGAUGUAGUGUUCUUGGGGAGGGGCAGGGAAGGAUGGCCUCAUUAGUGUUUUAAGUGAUGUGGGGAAAGUGCUAGUGAGGGGCAGGUGGGAUUACAAUGGAAAGUAGUGUUGCAAAAUGAAUCUUUCAAUACCUUGGGCAUUUUAUUUCUUUGGGUUUUCAUUUUUGCUUUAUUUAAAGCAGAAUUAAGUUAUUUUAAUGUUUUAGUGCACAAUAGUGCAGAAAUUUCCUUUUUGUAAGUUUCAAGAUGCUGUUUAUACAUAUGUGUAAAUAUAAAAAACAAAGCUUGGCCUUUAAUCUUUCAUUUUACUUUUUAUUUUCUCUACCAGCCUGUACAGUAAAAGACAAAUAAGUAUUGUACUUAGCCAUGUUUUCUACUUUUUAUCAUGCUGCUUUUCUCCAGUUGGAGCUUUAAAUCCCAAAUUCUUUGCUUUUGCAUAAAUGAGUAUCAGCA